AUGAACUGCUUUCCGUGUUGCGGCCCUCAAAAAAAUAAGCAAAGUAAUAGUAAGAGGGAGCAUGGUUCUACAACACCGCAGGAAGUUACUUCUGCAUCAAAAGCACCCGAUAUGAAGAAACAAAAGGGAGAUGAGCAUAUGCAAGGAGACGGGACGAAUGUUAACGCGCAAAAUUUCACUUUUCGUGAGCUAGCGACAGCGACAAAGAAUUUCCGACAGGAAUGUCUUCUUGCUGAAGGAGGCUUUGGAAGAGUCUAUAAAGGGGUUAUUCCUGCAACUGGACAGGCCGUGGCCGUGAAGCAACUCGACAGGCAUGGGACAGAAAACAGCAAGGAUUUUAUGUAUGAAGUUUCUCUGCUGAGUCAUGUUCAACAUGAAAAUCUUGUUAAUCUCAUUGGUUAUUGCGCCGAUGGUGAGCAACGUCUUUUGGUAUACGAAUACUAUCCUGCCUGUACUCUUGAAGACCGUCUUCUUGGGAAUAAAACGGAUGAACCGCCGUUGAAUUGGUUUGACAGAAUGAAAAUAGCAGCAGGUGCAUCUAAAGGACUAGAAUACUUGCAUGAUAGUACCAAUCCACCAGUUAUAUUCCGUGACUUGAAAGCAGUCAAUAUCUUGUUGGGUACUGAAUCUAAUAAUCUUAAUAAUGCAAAACUAUAUGAUUUUGGAAUGGCCAAGCUUUGUGGUGGAGACAAGAUGAACAAUGCACCUCCAAGAGUUAUGGGUACAUAUGGUUAUUGUGCUCCUGAAUAUACAAGAACAGGUCAAGUUUCCAUGAAAUCUGAUGUAUACAGUUUUGGAGUUGUCUUGCUUGAACUUAUCACUGGUCGACGUGCCGUUGAUACCACAAAGCCUAACGAAGAGCAAAAUCUAGUUUCAUGGGCACAACCCUUAUUCAGGGACCCGAAAAAGUAUCCAGAUAUGGCGGAUCCACUUCUCAAGAAACAUUUUCCAGAAAAGGAUCUUAAUCAAGCAGUUGCGAUAGUCGCAAUGUGCUUACAAGAGGAGCCAGAAGCCCGUCCUUUGAUCGGUGACGUUGUAACCGCUCUGAGUUUUCUAUCGACGGCUCCAACGGAACCUUUUCCACCACCCUCAAUUUCCGCUGCCACCUCAGUCUCUAGGCCUAGUACUGCUACUGAAAGCGAAUAUGAAAGUGAGAGUGAAACAGAAGGAGAAACUUCAGAUGAUGAAGACGCUGACCAGGAAUAUGACGGUAAAACUGCUCAAAAUCAUGUUGCAGCAAAUGAUGAUUUAAGCCAACCUCAGAAAAGGGCAACUUCGAAGAAAUCGAGCCGAAAAAGCAGCACAAGAUCAAGGAAGGAAACUACUAGUGCAAAUUCAGCAGAGGGAAGUGCUUCUUCUCGUGGCAAAACCAGUAAAAAGUGGAAAAACUUUGUUGGUAAUUUAAGCCAAAAGUCAAACAGCUCAAAAAAAUCUUCUAUCAGAGAAAUAGCCCAGAAGAGCAGCAAAAAAAAUUCAAUCAAAGAACUAUGCCAAAAAAGCAGUAAAAAAUCUUCCACCAAAGGUUUAAACCAUAAGAGCACCGGAAAAUCAUCUGCUAAAGUUUCUAGUCGCGCGGAACCGGAAGAUAGAAGCAUGAUUUCGUCUCAUAGAACUGCCUCAAGCCAAUAUACAUGCAGCAGUAUGUCUGAUCGCAGCAGCAGCAGAGGAAGUGGCAGUGUUCACUCGGAUAUUAAAGGUAGCAGAAGGACAGAAGAGAGCAUGCGUUUAGCCAGGGAAUCUGAUGAUGAGGGAACCGAUCGAUCGUAUGAGUAG